UUACAUAUUAUAUUUUACUUAUAUAAGAGAGAUGCUGGAAAGGUACUGUAAGUAAUGCACUUCUAUAAUUGUAUACUGUAUAAUUGUAUAUUUCUUUAUUGUUUUUGUUUAGUUCUUUUGCAUUUCAAGAGUUAAGACUGAUGAAACAUGGCAUGCUGUAUGUUAAAACAAAGAAUUUUUUUUCUUUCUUUUUUUUUUUUAACAAGUAAAAAUAUAAAAAUUCAACCUGUAAAGUUCUGUAAUAUAUUCAGCCAGGUGAACGUGGUGCUUCCAGGUUUAUUAUAAAAUCAUUAUAAUAUACUGUGUUUGAUGUUGGACAACUUAAAUUAAACACUAAAUCGAAAUCAUGCAGUCAUGUAGUUUGAGGCCACAGCUUAGUGACGUAAAGCAGACGGUUUAUUUGACAGGCUUCUCUCCGAUAAAUAAAAAGGACAGCAAUAAUAAAUAAAUAAAUAAAUAAAUAAAUAAGAGAAGCUCUCAGAAUUCUGGAAUUCCGUGAUGCUGAAAUUCUAGAAGUUUCGGACUCCAUAAAACAGCCCUGUGUGAACGCUCAUCAGAAGAUAUGAGUUUUGAAAGAGAGAGGAGUGCAGACAUGACAACUUGGGAUGUGCUGAAUGAGAUGCGGUUGGAGGAGGAGCUAUGCGACGUGGUCCUCAGAGUGGACGAGGUAGAGUUCAACGUCCACAGGACCAUCCUCUGUGCGAACAGCCAGUAUUUCAGAUCCCUGUUCAUCAGAUGGAGCAGCUCGGAGCAGACGGUGUACACCAUCACGAAUGUAUCUCCAGACAUCAUGGCGAUUAUAAUCCAUUACAUCUACACCCAGGAGAUUCGAGUCACCAAUGAUAACGUGCAGGCUCUGUUGGUCAUGGCCGAUUACCUGCUCAUGCGAGACCUUGUUCGCAACUGCUACGACUUUCUGAAAGCACAUCUCAGCCCGGAAAACUGCUUAGGGAUUUGGCAGUACGCAAACACUUACUCGUUCAGAAAGCUGCAGGAUCGGGCCUACACCUACGCAUUGCGUCACUUCGAGGACGUCGUUCAGUCAACGUCCAGUGAGUUCUUGGAGCUGAACGAGGAGCAGCUCGGCGGCAUCCUGGAGAGGGAUGAGCUGAACGUCAAACAGGAGAAAACGGUGUUCGAAGUUAUAAUCAUGUGGAUCGAGCACGAACCCGACAUCCGAAUACAGCACAUCGCUAACCUGCUGCUGAAGGUGCGGCUGGCUCUGAUAGAUCUGGAAUACUUCCUAGAGAAUAUCAAGACACACCCGCUGGUCAGCAGCUCCUGGGAGUGUCGGCCCAUCAUCCUCCGCACCAUGAAGGCCAUGUUCUACAUUAACAAGGUUGGACACAACACCAGAUACCAGGAUCCGCUUGCCCGCCCACGGCUCCCAUAUUCCAUCUUGUUCGCCAUCGGCGGCUUAAACGACAGGUCUGCUACAAACACUGUAGAAACCUACAACUCGAGGAUGGACAGUUGGAAGUGCAUCACCAGCAGAGAAGAAAGAGUUCGAGCCCAUCACGGCACAGUGUUCCUGGACGGUUUUGUGUACGUCAUCGGUGGCUUCGACGGCACAGAGUGCUUCAACUCAGUGUGCAAGUUCAAUCCCCUUGACAGAACCUGGAACGAGGUGUCUCCCAUGAACUAUUGCCGCUGCUAUGUGAGCGUGGCCAUACUGGAUGGAUACAUCUACGCAAUGGGAGGCUUCGAAGGAAGAGAGUGGCUUAACACGGCUGAACGUUAUCAGCCAAGCACCAACCAGUGGAGCCUCAUCCCAUCCAUGCACGAGAUACGAAGUGACGCCAGCGCAACGACCUUACUGGGCAAGAUCUACAUCUGUGGAGGAUUCAACGGCGACAUGUACCUUUUCACGGCCGAGUGUUUCGACCCUCGUUACGAUCAGUGGACGCAAAUCGAACGGAUGCACGUCCAAAGAAGUGGUGUGGGCGUCAUCGCUCUUAACAAUGAAGUAUCUGUGAUCGGGGGUUUUGAUGGAGCCCAACGUCUGCGGUGCGUCGAAGCCUACAACCCUCGUACCAACUCCUGGAGAAUGCUUGCCUCCAUGUUUAACCCACGAAGCAACUUUGGCGUCGAGUUGAUGGAUGGCCGCUUGUAUGUGGUUGGCGGCAACAUCGGCGAAGACACCACAUCCAACUGCGAAUACUACGACGAAGAGAGCAAUGACUGUGCGCUGAGCUGCUGCGUGAUUUCCGGGCUUCCCAACAUCACCGACUACAUCGUCGCGUACGAUGACUUUCUCUAGACGUGGAGCUUUUUUAUAUGAGUUGUGUAAAGUUUUAGUCGGAAGUUUAUAUUUGUAACACUCAGUUUGUGGAUUUUAUUUUAAACAAACAAAACAAAGGGUGCUGAAACUUUGCCCCGCCCCAUCCGAUUAAUCGAAAAAAUUAAUCGGCCAACUAAUCGAUACCAUACAUGCAUACAUACCAUACAUACAUUACAUAACACACAUACACCUACCUUCCCUGAAACAGCUAUUAGCCACAGCCUGGUGAAGGUUUCUGAGCUGGCAAUAAUUGAUGUGUUGCAUAAAUGCAAACAGCUGCUUAACCACUUUUGUGUUUUACUUCUGAUAUAUUUAAUAAAGCACCUGAUAAGCGGUCAGGUACGGUGUACACAGGCUUUCUGAAUCCAGAUAGCUGAAAGUUGAAGUCCAGUUUCGGUGAACCUACGUCCACUGUAGCUUUAGUCUAGGCUUAAAAUGUAUUUGUUUACUCAAGCCUACCCUGACUAGACUUUGUGUUACGCUAAGUACAGUCCUAAGCUCUUCUCUCCCUCUCUCCUUCUGUUGAGCCAAACAUGAUUUUAUGGAGAGACUACAGAUCCUGAUCCUUUCUACUCUCCGGACCUGCCUGAUCCGUUUCGGAUGUCCUACCUCUGGAUGUAACUCUCAUCUACUCCAAUUCCAGAUUGCUGGGACUACGGCUGCUUCCAAGGACACACAGACUUCAUAUAAAACCAUAAUGAACUUUUCACACUAACUGUUGUUACCCAGAUGAGGAUGGGUUCCCUUCUGAGUCAGGUUCCUCUCAAGGUUUCUUCCUCUUAGGGAGUUUUUCCUUGCCACCGUCGCCACCGGCUUGCUCAAUUGGGAUAAAUUUGCACAUUUAAAGUCUGUAUAAACACGGUAUAUAUUUCUGUAAAGCUGCUCUGAGACAAUGUCUAUUGUAAAAAGCGUUAUACAAAUAAAAUUGAAUUGAAUUUA